AUGUCGUGGAAAAUCACUAGAAAACUAAAGGAAACCCACCUCGCUCCUUUGACCCAAACCUUCGGGCGGUCGUCCUCCACAUCCACCAUCAAGGGUGACUCCGGCGAAGAGACUCCUGUGGCCUCGCAAACGCCUUCGAUCUCACCAUCCAUUUCCAACGGGAUCAAUGCCUCGGAAUCUCUGGUCUCCCCGCCCGUGGCCCCUGUCAAGCCCGGUAUUCUGAUUGUCACCCUCCAUGAAGGUCGAGGUUUCGCUCUUUCACCUCAUUAUCAACAAAUCUUCAACUCGCACUUCCAGAGCAACAAUGCCUAUGGCAUGCGUCCCAGUUCAUCCUCCUCCCACUCCGCGCAUGGCCAAGCCGGGUCCUUCGUACAAAGCGCCCGUCCACAGUCGACGAGCGGAGGCAUCAAUGCUGCCCCCACCAUUCAUGGUCGCUACUCCACCAAGUACCUUCCUUACGCUCUCUUGGAUUUCGAGAAGAAUCAGGUCUUCGUCGAUGCCGUGUCUGGAUCACCGGAAAACCCCCUCUGGGCGGGCGACAACACUGCUUACAAGUUCGACGUUUCGCGCAAAACCGAAUUGAAUGUCCAGCUCUAUCUUCGUAACCCUGCUGCUCGUCCAGGUGCCGGUCGCAGUGAGGAUAUUUUCCUCGGUGCUGUCAAGGUUCAUCCUCGUUUUGAGGAAGCUCUGCCACACGCAGAGGAUCCUAAGAGUAAGAAGGACAACAAGCAGCCACAAGAGCGUCAGCUUGGCCAACUUGGCGCGGAAUGGUUGGAUCUUCAAUUCGGCUCCGGUUCCAUUAAGGUUGGUGUCUCGUUCGUCGAGAACAAACACCGCAGCAUGAAGCUGGAGGAUUUCGAACUUCUUAAGGUCGUUGGUAAGGGCAGUUUUGGCAAGGUCAUGCAGGUCAUGAAGAAGGAUACGGGUCGGAUCUACGCCCUCAAAACCAUUCGCAAAGCUCACAUCAUUUCCCGCUCCGAGGUGACACACACCCUGGCGGAGAGAUCAGUGCUCGCACAGAUCAACAAUCCUUUCAUUGUCCCGUUGAAGUUCUCCUUCCAGUCGCCGGAGAAAUUGUAUUUUGUUCUAGCCUUUGUCAACGGAGGUGAGCUGUUCCACCAUCUUCAGCGGGAGCAGCGGUUUGAUAUCAACCGCGCUCGGUUUUACACGGCUGAGCUUCUCUGUGCUUUGGAAUGUCUGCACGGUUUCAAGGUCAUUUACCGUGAUCUCAAGCCCGAGAACAUUCUUCUCGAUUACACUGGCCAUAUCGCGCUGUGCGACUUCGGUCUGUGUAAGUUGGACAUGAAGGAUGAGGAUCGGACGAACACCUUCUGUGGUACUCCCGAAUACCUCGCCCCCGAGCUCUUGCUUGGCAACGGAUACACCAAGACUGUCGACUGGUGGACCCUAGGUGUCCUCCUUUAUGAGAUGCUGACGGGUCUCCCCCCGUUCUACGACGAGAACACGAACGACAUGUACCGUAAGAUUUUGCAAGAACCUUUGACGUUCCCUAGCACCGACAUUGUUCCUCCCGCUGCUCGGGAUCUCUUGACGCGACUACUCGACCGUGAUCCUCAGCGUCGACUGGGUGCCAAUGGUGCCGCGGAGAUCAAGUCGCACCACUUCUUUGCCAACAUCGAUUGGCGCAAGCUGCUCCAAAGGAAGUAUGAGCCAAGCUUCCGACCCAAUGUGCUGGGUGCUCGCGACACCACUAACUUCGACCGUGAAUUCACGUCGGAGGCCCCACAAGAUUCCUACGUCGAUGGUCCUGUUCUGUCGCAGACGAUGCAACAACAGUUCGAAGGCUGGUCUUACAACCGUCCGGUUGCUGGUCUUGGCGAUGCUGGUGGCAGUGUCAAGGAUCCCUCCUUCGGAAGCAUUACCGAGUAA